GCUUAUAAUAAGAGGGAUAUGUCCUUAUUUAACGCGAGUAGUUGUCAUGGCAACGGCGUGUUUACGUCGCCUGUGGAGUGGAGGUCGAUUGAGUCGCACAUUGUUUGUUUUUUUUUUUUUCUAAUUAAGUCAGAAAUGUCUUCCAUGAAUAGGAAAAUCAUUCACACUCUGGCGGAAUCGAUCUCCAAACAAGUGGAUCAUUUCAGUAAAACUGAGGUGGAGUGUCUGAUCCGAGAGUUUAAUCUUCUCCUGGGUGAACCUGUGAGCACCGGGAGAACAGUCUCAGGCCUGGACAAAGAACGCUUCAGGAGCAUCCUCCACAAUAACUUUGGGCUUACAGAUGACAUGAUCAUGGACCUGGUUUUCAGGACAUUUGAUAAAGACAACGACAGCUUUGUCAGUGUCAAGGAAUGGAUUGAAGGUUUGUCCAUUUUCCUCCGAGGGACUUUGGAGGAAAAAAUAAAAUACUGUUUUCAGGUGUACGACUUGAACGGUGACCACUACAUCUCCAGGGAGGAAAUGUUUCACAUGCUGAAGAACAGUCUGAUCAGGCAGCCCACUGAGGAGGACCCAGACGAGGGGAUUAAAGAUCUGGUUGAAAUCACACUGAAGAGAAUGGACCACGACCACGAUGGCAGGUUGUCUUUUGCUGACUUUGAAAAGGCAGUGAAGGAUGAGAAUUUGUUACUUGAAGCUUUUGGAACUUGCCUCCCAGAUAUAAUGAACCAAGCGUUGGAGUUGUCCUUGGGCCAUGGGUCUCCACUGUACCUGAGCUGGACUCUAAAAAGAAGUUCUUCUCGCUGCGACGGCCAAGAGGUGGAGCUGAGUCGGCAUCUGGGAGGAAAACUGGGUUUAAAAGAUGGAGAACAGUGCUUUCUUAGAACAUGCCACCAGAUGUCGUCCUUGCAUCAAGUGUUUGUGGAGCCUCUGUCUUUUGAUGACUGGGAAAUCCUGGAGCUUCACAGUCUUUCACUGGAGCAGCAGCUGUUAAAUCAGAUAAGAGUUGUGUUCCAGGAUGCCAUCUGUCCUGUAUGGGUGGAUGACCACACAGUCAUCUACAUACAAAUAGCAUCCCUUUCACCCCCUGUGCCCUACGGUCAUCUGGAGCAGUUUACAGAACUUGUUGUUUCUCCAAAAAGCCGUGCUGGAGUUGACAACAUCGGCGGUUUAGCAGCAAGAGGUAGUGAGACACAAGAUUUUCCAAGACAGACGAGAACUGACCUUUCUUCAGGGAAGACAUUAGGAAAUGCUGCUCAUGUUCCUCAGAAGCUGCAGAGGGGGGGCAUAUCUGACCUGAGCAGCUUCCUUCACUACAUCAUAAAAGGUGGUCAUGACUCAGUUAAAGAGCUCCCACCAGUGCCUAAUAUUCCUGACCUCCUCGGUGACUCUGUCUACAGAGUAUGUGGAACACCUCCUCACUCUCUGUGCACCAUGAGCCACACUGUGACUGAUGUAGUUCAUGUGUUUCCCUGGAGACAUGAGCUGAAUUCUGAGGUAGCUGGAGGUCCACCUCCUGUCACCUAUGGUCUGCUCUCCAAAGUUCCUUCCCCUAAACAAACCAGAGACAAGGCCAAGCAGGUCGCAGAGAAAAAGAAGAACACAGAGGUGGCUCAAAGUGAAAACUCUGUAAAUGGAGGAGAAACUACGAAAGAAGCCGAGGUCAUGGUCGUCAAGGUGGUGUGUCAUUGGAACGACAGAUUUACAGGAAAACAAAGACCUCACAGCAAAGUGGAGAUCUGUGAUGGGAAAGUUUGGAUCCCACAGCCCCUCACUGCCAGGCUGAAUAUUAUCCCACAUUCCAUGGUUAGAAUUAAGCCAGUAACAUCAGAUAUCAAAGUGGCGACAACGAUCUGUCUACAACCGUUAACACCACAGUCGGAGGAAGACGAUGAAGAGAUCCAGACAGCCUUCCUCGGUUGGUUGCACACUCAGAGCCAUGAACCUUUGUCCUGUCUGACUCCACGCUCUGGAAAUCUCCUCCUCCAUGGAACCGAUGCAAAGUUGGAGUUCACUUUAACCGUGCUGAAACCAAAACCAGAGAAUGAUCCUCCAGACCAGCUUUUCUUACUGGCACACUCUCUGAUACGGAAGGAAGACGUACAGGUCCACAGACUGUCUGUCCCUGUGUCAUCUGUGGAAGUUGCAGAGACGUCCAAACCAGAGUUUCCGUCCCUCAGUAUUCUUGGAGGGAUUGACGACCUCAGCACGACUGGGUUUGAGUUCAUCUCCCACAGCCUUCUUGGUAGUCUUCUCUCACAACAGCUUGGUACCAAAGGGCAGGGUCUUGGAGGAGGAGCGUUACUCAUCACUGGGGCUAAGGGCAGUGGCAAAAGUGCUCUCUCCCAAGCCCUUUGCAGAAAAGCUGCAGAAGAUUUGGAUGCUCAUGUGGACGUGAUGGACUGCAGGACGCUUCAAGGAAAAAGAGCUGAGAGUGUGAGGCAGAGGCUGCAGGAUGUUUUUGAACGGGCAGAAUGGAGGCAGCCUUCAGUUGUUCUUCUCGACGACCUGGAUCACUUGGCAGGGGCACCGACGUCUCCUGAACACGAGCACGGCCCUGAAGCUCUGCUACAGCAGCACGUGGCUCAAAGUCUGAAGGAUGUGGUGGAUGAAGUCGCAGCUCACUCCAGCCUGGUGUGUUUGAUCAUCACCAGCCACAGUGAGCACUCUCUGCACCCGUCACUCACUGAAGUCCAGGGUUCCCACUUCAUCCAGGGAUAUGUCAGAAUCCAGCCACCAGAUCAGGUACAGCGAGCAGAGAUCCUGCAGCGUCUGACUCUCAGUAGGUCGGCUCUGUCCGAGGAGACGCUGGAGAUUCUGGAUCUGGAGACUGUCGCCAAAGAGACCGUGGGUUACACACCUCAGGAUCUAGUUCUGCUGCUGAAGCGAGCUGUUCAUGCUAACACACAGCAGAGAGGCCACACUGACCAAGGUGUGUCUCUAACAUGGACAGACUUUGAAAAGGCUCUCAACGGAUUCACUCCUCCCUCACUCUGGGGCGUGGACCUUCACACCCCCAGUGGACACGGGAUGGAGAGGGUGGGAGGUCUGAGAGACGUACGACAGCAACUAAUGGACACCGUGCUGCUUCCUGCCAAGUAUCCAAUCCUGUUCUCCAAACUUCCCAUCCGCCACCGCUCAGGAAUAUUACUGUACGGCGCUCCUGGUACAGGGAAGACACUGCUGGCCAGAGCUGUGUCCAAGGACAGUGGCAUGAACUUCAUCAGUAUCAAGGGACCGGAACUCCUCAGCAAGUACAUUGGAGCCAGCGAGCAAGGAGUCCGUGAUGUUUUCCAGAGGGCACAGGCAGCGCAGCCGUGCAUCCUGUUCUUUGAUGAGUUCGACUCUUUGGCUCCCAGGAGGGGCCACGACAGCACGGGGGUGACGGACCGCGUGGUGAACCAGCUCCUCACCCAGCUGGACGGUGUUGAGGGACUGAAGGGUGUCUAUGUCCUUGCAGCCACCAGUCGUCCAGACCUUGUGGAUCCAGCCCUGCUCAGACCUGGACGAUUGGACAAGUCCCUCUUCUGUCCACCUCCUGACAGGGAGUCUCGUGUGGAGAUUCUCAGAGCUCUGAGCUCAGACCUUCUCCUGGCUGCCGACGUUGACCUGGAACAGCUGGCUGCUGUGACAGAACACUUCACCGGGGCAGAUCUGAAGGCUCUGCUCUACAACACACAACUGGAGGCCGUCCACAGCAGCGGCGGCAUCGGCAGAGCACGGGAUCUGACCUCUGGCUCAGACAGUGACAUGAGUCUGUCCUGCAUGAUCUUUCCAAACAACACCAGUGGCUCAGAGGACUCAGCAGGGGAGGGAGAACCACAGGUGUGUGUGGACCAGGCCGUGGUUCCUCUGGAGCAGGGGGACCUACGGGCUAAGGACCAACCCUGUCAUGAUAACGUCUGGAGACUGUACUUUGGAAGCUCCUAUGAGUCAGAUGUAGAGAAUUCAUCAGUUGCAGGACAGAACUCCCAGUGCGUCUUCGGUCAGAACUGUUUGACCCAGGACUGUUCCGCUGCAUCAGUUCUGGAGCCCUUCACCCCUCACCCUCCGGCUUACAUGUCCUCCAUCCACAGUGGGUAUGAAGACCUGAGUCCAGAGCAGCUGGAGCGACUGCAACAAGAUGUUAACUUCAUCAGAAACAACUACAGGAGAGCCAAGAAGGAGGAGUGCUCACUGACCCAGUUAGCCUCUGGACAGCCAGGUCUGCUGCUGCGUCAGGCUCAUGUGAAUGCUGCCCUGUCUGUGACCAGACCGUCUCUCAGCAAGUCUGACUGGGACAGAUACACAAAACUUCACCUUGACAACGUACUGCAGAGACUGUCAUCCCAACAACUGUGACUUAUGGGGCAUCUGGAACAUCUAAGAGUUUCACCUCAGACCCACAACAGCCUGUUUCCUGGCUGUAGCAGCCACUGUCCUGACAGUACAUUUUUACUGAAGCACUCACCCAGCUGUCAUCCUACACACUGGCACUGGCAGUUUGUGCUGUAGUAAAUAUAGACGCUCAGACAGAGCUGCUUUUGGCUCUCACCGGUCCUGCGUCAGUCCCACUCGGCGCAUCUUAGCCGUGGAAAACUUUCUUUUUCCCCAUCGAAUCCUCUUCUCCGCCAACUGAGGGAGAACAGAGAGAAGGAAUGAGCAGCAGAAAUAGGAUCCGGAAAAUUCUGGCUGGAUUUGAACACAUUUAUGAUCAAUAUUAAGAACGAGAGGGACAACCAAGAGUUGAAGUUUAGAUGUGGUGCGUACAGAUAGUCAUUUUUAGACAAAAAUAAAGGCAGGCUUAGUAGUCAGCGUAAAGGUAAGGUAGGUCUUCUGGAGCCGCCACAGAAUAAAAGAUUGUAGCUGAUGAUUUGGGAACAAAUCUUUACAUUCUUCAGUUGUGGUUUUCAGCCGACCAGUAUGAACCAGUAAACUAAAACAGUCAACUAUGACAAAUUAUUCACCAGCUUCAGAAUCCUACAUUUGUUGUUACAGGCCAGGAUGCACUGAGUACAUUAAAUAUAGCCCCCCCUUGUGGUCUGUUCUAUUUAAACAAACAGUUUGCAGUACAAAUGAUUUAUAUUUACAUGUAUCCAGAUGUAGUUCGAUCAAAACAGACUGUGAACAUGUACAAAAGAAAAGUAUAUUAAAGGACGACCUUCAGUAUCA